AUGUGCACGGGCAAAUGCUCCCGCCUGGUGGGCCUCUCCCUGCUGGCCAUGGGCCUGGCCUGCAUCGUCGCCAACGUCCUGCUGAUGUUCCCCAGCGGGGAGAGGCACUGGGCCGCCAACCGCAUCACCCUGCAAGUCUGGCUGCUGGGGGGGCUCCUGGGCGGGGGCCUGAUGGUGCUGUGCACUGGCUGCUCGGUGGUGCGGGCCGGCGGGAAGGGCUGCUGUGGCUACGGCUGCUGCGGGAACCGAUGCCGGAUGCUGCACUCCGUGUUUUGUUCGGCCUUCGGGGCGCUGGGGGGGCUCUACUGCCUGUCGGUGUCCUCCUCUGGCCUGGCCAACGGACCCUGGUGCCAGACGGCCGACGGAGAGUGGAAGGCGCCCUUCAAGGACCUCAGUGAGAGCUACCUGGGCAACCGGACGCUGUGGGAGCAGUGCGUGAACCCCCCCAACGUGGUCCUCUGGAACGUGGUCCUCUUCUCCAUUCUGCUGGUGCUGGGUGCCCUGGAGAUGGUGCUGUGCGGGAUCCAGGUGGUGAACGGGCUCCUGGGGACGGUGUGCGGGGACUGCCGCAAAGCAGCGGACCGUGGGGGCGAAGGGCUGUGAGUCUGCGAGGGACACCACCGCCUUCCGUAAGAGACGCCCCCCCACCGGCCCCCCAGGGGAGCACUCCUUCCACGCCCCUCCCACUCCCGGCAUGGGUCCCUUCUCACUCCACCGACGGCUGGGCUCCCCUUUGCAUCAGCACUUGUUUAUUGGAC